AUGGAAUCGAACACUGUUCUUGGUUAUCGCGGAGGUGGAGUUGGAGGAGCUGCGCUCAUCCAAUCCGGUAAUCUAACAAUACAGCAAUGCCAAUUCUUGAAGAAUACGGCAUUUUUUGCAGGUGGCGCGUUGUAUGUAAGUGUUAACUUACUUAACAUUACGGAUUCAUUUUUUGACGGUAAUAGAGCUGUAAAUUAUGUCGGAUGCGGAGGCGCUUUAUCUGUUCCUGCUAUGUCCGCUGUCAUUUUUAACACCACAUUCAAUAAUUGUUCAGCAACUAAUGGAGGUGCUAUCUGGGCAUAUUCAUGCGGUAAAAUAACAAUUAAAAAAAGUCAAUUCGUAGAGAACAAUGUAGGCGAACAAGAUCCACAAGAGACUGCAAGAGGAGGGGCCACUUCCUCACAGGACUCUCAAGUGACAUUUGAAGAAACAAUGUUUCAGAGAAAUACAGGCCUUUUGGGAGGCGCUGUGUAUUUACAAAAUGGUGGGGUAACAUUUAAAAACUGUUAUGCGGUUGACAACUUUGCAGUAGCUCAGGGUGGGUUUUUGUACGCAGCCUAUGGUGUGAAAAAUGUUGUUAUACAAGACAGUGUUCUUAAUCAAACAAAAACAGAGUUAAGGAAGUCAUUAUUCAGUUACAAAAAAGCCUCGUUUAUAAGCGGCCACAGUUUAGAGGUACUAACAAUACAUAACACAACAAUGGAAGCUACACCAUAUGACAGUAAUGGUCCUCUACUGUUGGUCACAAACGUGACAGUUAUGGAUUUUGGAAAAGACAACUCGACCUCACUAAACUGUCCUGCUGGGAGUAAAAUGGAAAUACUUAACUAUACUUUAGGCGAUAAAGAUAACAGCCCUUGUUUUUGGCAGUUUACCUGUUCACCAUGCGCAGAGAACUCCUAUAGUCUACAGCGUGGUCGUGCUGUUGGAGUCCAUGCCGUGCCUGGAUUUCAGUGUCUUCCAUGUCCGUUUGGAGCAAACUGCUCUCAAAAUAUAAUCGCCAAACCAAACUUUUGGGGUUUUAAAGAACAGACUACUCCACCAACUCUCAAAUUUACCAUUUGUCCCGUUGGUUAUUGUAGUCCUCCUAACGAAACCGAGUUUCCCAAAUACAAUGGUUGCCAGGGUUACCGUACUGGCAAAUUGUGUGGACACUGCAGUGAUGCUUACUCGGAGACUCUUUACUCUACAACCUGCAGGUCCUUAAACGAGUGCAAUGAUUAUUGGUUUUGGCCUUUAUCGUUAGUCUACGUAUCGCUAAUAGCAUUUUACUUGACAUUUAAGCCUCCUAUAACGCCUUGGAUUAUGCGUCAAAUCAAGUGGUUUAAAACCCACGAGACGGGAGAUGAAGAACGUAACAGCGACGAAGGUUACGUAAAAAUAAUCUUUUAUUUUUAUCAGGCAGCGGACCUUCUCCUAGCCUCAAACACAUCACUGGUUUUUGUAGAGGGUAAAUUAAAGGACAUACUGGUUGGAGUAUUCAACUUUCGACAAUCUUUUUCGUCAAAUGGACUGAUUUGUCCCUUUCCGGGCCUUACAGUAGUAACGAAGCAGUUAUUUUCGGCCUCUCAAGUAUUUGGUACAUCUCUCAUGAUAGGUGUCCUUUAUAGUUUGCACAGGGCAGCACAAAGGUGUCGAGGAAAGGAGGCCCCAUCUUUUUCGCCCUAUAUGGCUGGCAUUUUGCAGACAAUGUUGCUAGGAUAUAAAACACUUGCUUCAGUUAGUUUUAACCUCUUACGAUGUGUGCCAAUCGGCUCAGAGAAACGUCUAUUUUUGGAUGGAAACCUUGUCUGUUUUCUAUGGUGGCAAUAUAUUUUGAUUGCUUUGGUGUUUGCUUUUUUCGUGCCGUUUGUGUUUGUCUUAUUUUGGGGUUGUUAUAAGUUGCACAACGGAAGCCUUUCUGUGGCGAAAUUUCUAUUGGCUUGCUGUUUUCCACUGCCUUUUCUUCUUUAUCGGCUAUUUCUGUUUCUUCUUUGUAUAAAACGAAAUGCGGCCCGUAUAGAUUCAGCCACGAGGAAAAUGUCCAAGAGAUCUGUGGAGAUGACACUUUUUGGCUGUUUCAAAAGACCUGCGGAAGGCAGCACACUUUCUUUGGGCUGGGAAAGUGUUAUGAUCGGACGACGACUUAUUCUCAUUUUGUUGAAAACGUUCGUCAGUGACCCAAUGCCUCGUCUUCUCAUUAUGAGUUUCCUUUGUGUUUUGUUUCUCCUGCAUCAUGCCAUUUCUCAGCCGUUUCGAGAUGUCACUGCUAACAACCUUGAAACCAUUUCGUUGCUGUCUCUUGUCCUUUUGGGAAUGGUAAACAUGUUUUUUGCCUCCUUUGUAUCUUUGGCCGUCGCAUUAACCGAUCAUUUUCAGUUCUGGUGGCGUUUCUGGCAAGUAGUGGAAACUGUCAUUCUUUGUGCAGUACCUGCAAUAUUUGGUAUCUUCGUAAUUGCUGCGGCUUUAUCGCUGGUUGUCCGGUUUCUUGUUGCUUGUUUUGGCUGGUGUUGCAGUAAAUUAAAAAGAAGUGAAGAAAUUAGGCCACUUCUGUCCUUGACAGAUUAA